AUGAUUAUUCAACAAUCUCUGGAAAUGGUGUUGUUAUCAAGACUACAACUAAAUAAAUAUGAUGACUAGAGCAUGUGCUGCUUAAAAAAAGGAUAAAUUCUUGAAAUUGGCUGGACCUAAAUUAGUAUAAAUAUAUACAGGAGAUGGAGUUAAAAUGGUUAGAGAGGCAUUUUCAUUAAAAGCACCUACCAUUUAUCUUUAUUGAUGAAUUAGAUCCUAUUGGAACAAAAUGAUAUGAAAGUGAUAAAAAUGGUGAUAGAGAAGUAUAAAGAACUAUGCUUGAAUUAUUGGAUCAACUUGAUGGAUUUAGUCCUGAUUAUAGAAUUAAAGUAUUUUUUAAUUGUAAUAUUUAUAGUUCAUUUCUGCAACCAAUAGACUUGAUAUUUUAGAUCCAGCCUUGUUAAGAUCAGGUAGAUUGGAUAGAUAGAUUGAAUUCCCAAUUCCAAAUGAAGAAUCUAGAGCAUAAAUUUUAAAGAUUCAUACUAGAAAGAUGUCUUUUGCUAAAGAAACUGUUAAUUAUUUAGGAGUUGCUAGAAGUACUGAUGAAUUUAAUGAUGUUUAAUUGCAAGCUGUCUGGUAUGAUAGAAUUGAAUAGAGGAGGAACAUUCUUAUUUCAUAAAGAUUUUGUUGAAAGUAAUGCUUUAGUGCAAGCCAAAAAGAAAAGUAGUAAAAUUACUAUGCAUGAAUUGUAUUUCAAUAUGUAUAUGAGUAUUUUAUAUUUGAACUAUUUAUUGUGUAUUUAGUAAUUAUUGAUUCCUAAAAAUGCCUUAUUAAACCAGUAUCAAAAUUUAAUAAUAUAUAUAAAUAGAUGGAAAAAUAAUAAAUCAGCAUAUAGUUUACUUACAUUCCUACUGAAGAAGAGAAAUCAAAGGAUUUAGAAAAAUAAUUAGAUUUAACUACUAAAUAAUUGUUACAUCCUAAACUUAAAUGGACUGCUAUAUUCUUAGCAUUACUUUCAGCUAUUCUGUAUUCAAUUGGGUUUUUAUAAUUAAACAUAUUUUAAGAGCAUUCAUCCAAAUUCAUUUUGAAGAAGACUCAACUGCCCUUUAUUUGAUUGCCUCUCUUUGUCUAUUGCCUCUCAUCUAUUGCUUAUUCAAAGUAUGUAAAAAAAAAGAAGAUUUAUGA